AUGUCCGGGGCUCAGGAACAGGCGCCUCAUGGCGCCGAGUACCGUCAGCAUCUUCCAGACAUCAGCAUUCCUCGCUUCACGACGAUGCGAAACCAGGAUGCUCACGAAUAUGCCAAGGCAUUCAAGGAGAGCGGUAACCCACCGUGGCUACAUGCCCUCUAUCUUCAUUGGCGUAGCCUCUUCAAAGAGCCAUACACUGGCAUUACAACAGAUGGCACGGUGAAACGGGACUUAUUCAAAAUCGCCGACGAGGGCGUGCCGAUCCAGAAAAUUGUCGAUGCCACAAACGCGGUUCUGUCACAGCUAGAUGACAAGCAGAAGACUACCCUCUCGUACCACGUCGAUUCCCCGGAAUGGCGGUCAUGGUCGAACCCCGAAUUUCUCCUCAGCGACAAGGGUUUACGGCUAGAUGAGUUAAAUCCGCAAAUCCGCGACAGCAUCCUCAAAGUCCUCGAGACUACGCUGUCACCCGAGGGAUACGCAAAGGCGCUCGGCGCCAUGCGCGUGAACGGCUUUUUGGGCCAACUGGUGCAGACACCCACCAUCUGCAACGAAUUCUCAUACAACUUUGUCCUCUUCGGAUUGCCUUCGGCAACGAGGCCAUGGGGCUUCUCGUUUUACGGCCACCACCUGUGCCUGAACAUUUUCUUGUACCAGGGCCAGAUUGUGGCGUCACCGUGGUUUACCGGUGCCGAGCCGAACCUGAUUGAUGACGGCCCAUACAAGGGCACCCGCAUCCUCGAGACUGAGGAGCGUCUAGGCUUGCAGCUGAUGCAAUCACUGCCAGCAGACCUGCAGCAAAAGGCGCAGACGUACAAGCUUCUCAAAGAUCCCGCCAUGCCGAAAGGACGUUGGAAUCACGACGACCAGCGACAUCUCUGCGGCGCAUACCGAGACAAUCGAAUCGUGCCGUAUGAGGGAAUCUUGGUGUCGAAAAUGACAUCCGAGCAGCAGCAGCUCGUUCUCGGUAUCCUAGAGCAAUACCUGAUUUAUCUUCCGCAGAAGUCGAGGGAGAUCCGGGUCAACCACAUCAAGUCUUUCUUCCAGGAGACGUACUUUAGCUGGAUUGGCGGUUACGGCGACCAGGAUCCAUUUUACUACCGCAUUCAGAGUCCUGUAAUUCUCAUUGAGUUUGACCACCACUCAGGAGUUUUCUUGACGAACAAGGAGCCCGCCAAAUUCCAUAUUCAUACUCUUUUGCGGACGCCCAACGCCGGUGACUAUGGUAUGGCGCUACGACCAUUGAUCCCCGGUAUUGAGCAAGAUUUUGUUUGGGAAGGCUAG